ACCUUAAGAGCGAGAAAGAUGCGCGCCCCCAAGAGGAGCGUGCAUGAGCCAGCAGAGUGAGAUCAUGUGAGAGUCCACGCGUCGAAAAGUAGGUUAGCAGGGUAGAGUGAGAGGAAAGCUCAAAGAGGGGAAGGACUUGGAGGAUAGGAAAGGGAGGAGGAGAGAUCAGAGCGACGACAUCGACGUUGCAGUUGAAGCUUGCGCGGCGCAUUACAGUAAUCGUCUAUCAAAAGUUUCGCAAAUAAUCCCGUCGGCUAGAGGACGAAGAUCAAUCUCUUUUUGCAGUAUUUCUUGUCGAUAAUGCUCCUCUCUGGGGCGCAAAGGUUUUACUCCGCUUGCUAUCUGACGUUAGCCACUUAGCUGGCCAACUUGACAUUUUUUUCACGUUGUGGAGUUCAACCCAAAGAUCAUCAAAAUGAGAGCCCAAAUCGAAGUCAUACCUUGCAAAAUAUGUGGGGACAAAUCCUCAGGAAUCCACUAUGGCGUGAUCACAUGUGAAGGCUGCAAGGGUUUCUUCCGACGCAGCCAGCAGAACAAUGCCAUGUACUCGUGCUCACGACAGAGGAACUGCCUCAUCGACCGCACCAACCGUAACCGCUGUCAGCACUGUCGCCUGCAGAAGUGCCUGGCACUGGGCAUGAGCCGUGAUGCGGUGAAGUUCGGACGCAUGUCCAAGAAGCAGCGCGACAGCCUGUACGAAGAGGUGCAGAGGCACCAGAAGUCUCAGGCCGAGUGUACGGUCGGGGGUACGGUGAUGGGGGUGGGCGGCUUGGGGGGCCGCAGCGGCAGCGGAGAUGACAGCGGUGAGGACGGCGGCCACAGCCGCUCCUACAGCAGCGGCGGCUCCAGCACCACCACGCUGAGCGACCUGGACGACAUCACCACGCUGCCCGACAUGCUCUUCGAGCUGCCGCUCACCCCGGAGGAGGCCAGCGAGUACUGCAGCGGCCUGGACAUGCUGAGCGGCAGUACCGGCGGCAGCAGCGGAGAGGCCGGCAGCAGCUCCUCCAAUCAGAGCUCGCCGGGGCAGAGCAGUCUGGACAUGGGCGACGGGGGCAGUCCGCCGGUCAAACACGAGUACCAGCUUCUGGCGGAGACCGGAGUGCUCACGCACUCGCCCCUGGGGGCCCUGCCCGACGACUGCUCCCUGCUCGACAUAGAGCGCAUUACCCAAAAUGUGGUGAAGUCCCACCUGGAGACGUGUCAGUACAGCUCCGAGGAGCUGAGGAGGCUCACGUGGAGUCAGUACACACUCGAGGAGACCCGCAGCUUCCAGUGCAAGUCUGCGGAGUGGAUGUGGCAGCGCUGUGCCAUCCACAUCACCCAUGCCAUCCAGUACGUGGUGGAGUUUGCCAAGCGCAUCACCGGCUUCUUGGACCUGUGCCAGAAUGACCAGAUCAUCCUGCUCAAAGCAGGCUGCCUAGAGGUGCUACUGGUGCGUGUCUGCCGGGCGUACAGCUCCUCUAACAACACUAUGUUUUUCGAUGGCAAGUUUGCCAGUCCUCACCUCUUCAAGGCUCUAGGCUGUGAUGACCUUGUAAACGAGGUGUUUGACCUGGCCAAGGGCCUGAGCCGUCUGCAGCUGUCGGAAGAGGAGAUGGCUCUGUUCAGUGCUGCCGUUCUUCUGUCUCCAGAUCGUCCCUGGCUGACAGACACCCAGCAGGUCCACAAGCUGCAGGAGAAGGCAUACCUGGCUCUGCAGCACAGUCUCCAUAUGGCUGGAGCCCCCGCUGAGAAACUGGAGAAGAUGGUUUCAAAGCUUUCCCAGAUGAAGUCUAUCUGCAAUCUACACAUUGACAAGCUGGAGUUUUUCCGCCUGCUUCACCCCGAGACAGCCCACAGUUUUCCUCCACUCUACCGAGAAGUGUUUGGCAGCGAUAUCGCCUUCCCUGAUUCCACAAACAGUUAAACACAAGGUAGAUAGAGAAAGACAGAGAGGGAGUAGAGAGACAGGGAGAGCAGGAGAGAACUAGGAAUGAGAGAGAGUUUGGCAAAGAGGUGGUGUUUAUAGGAUAGGGGAAGUAAAACCAUUGAUAAAAGAAGACUUCCAAUUGAGUGAAACUCAGUUAACCAGCAUUAGUUCUGUGACAAUCAGACCCUUAAACUGUCAACCAUCACACCUCUCUUAUCUGUUUGUUCCAGCACCAAUCACUGUUGCAGCAGGCCAUGACAUUAUCCAUCAAAAUGCGUCUAGCUGUCUAAAGACACACAAGAGAGACAAUAGUGGGCCUUUGUGCCAAUAGUCCACAUUACAGUGUGUUGUUCACUCACUCCUUGUCUAUGUAGCUGAGAUGCCUAGCACUUGUCUGGAUGGUGCUCAGUUCUCUGCCCUCCCUGUCCCUGCUGGCCCUCAUCAUGAAUGUAAGCCCCAUGCAGUAGCACUUUCCCACAGAAAGGCCGAAUGUAUAGACUUUUACUUUUGGUCCUGCAUCGUGCGUCAUGUCAUGAACCCUGCAAACCUUUUCAUUUUAGAAAAAACUAAAUUUCAUUUAGUUUAAAACGUCUGGGCACACAGCACUGGACCCCAGUGACUCUGCACGCGUUAAGGGACCAAGACAUUCUCACAGUAUUCCCUUUGUUACAGUACAGAUGUAACGGAUGGAGGCCAUAUUGAGCCAGGAAACUCACUGAUUACCUUGGGCUGUCACCCAAAAACACACCCUCUCUCACACACAUGCAUGCAAACACACACACACACACACACACACACACACACACACACACACACACACACACACACACACACACACACACACACACACACACACACACACACACACACAUUCAGUAAGUCAGUCACUUAUGUUAAAUGUAAAAGCACUUAUAAUUAACUCAUGAACACGUUUGUACAGCCACUUGUUCAUUCAGUGUUUGGUGCUGUUUCUAUUUUUCUUUUUUAAUGCAAUGGAAAACCUCAGUCCCAUAUCCUUUUCCCCUCAACAUGCCACUUAUACAAAAAGUGAGAAAUAGCUAUGUUUAAUUUAUACAUACGUUUAUAAAUGAUUAUUUUAAAGAAUGUAUAUAAAUGAAAAUAUGUUAGCAGAGAGAGAGAGAAAGAAAGCGUCAGUGAUUCAUAAUAGAGGACACCUGGUCAGUUUGAAGAAAGACAGAGAUCGAAAACAGGGUUUAGGCCUGUUUAGUGACCUCAGGUUCCAGGGAAAUGUGAUGUAAAACAAGAGGCAGGACAGGAGAAACAGGAGAAAGCCGAAGCACAGGAGGAGGAAGCUGAGUUUCCAGCGGAAAUGGAGAAAAGUGACUUCUGAAGACCUCAUAAACAGUUCUGAUUUUGUUGCUAUGUUGACCUUGGAUCUCAGGGGUUUUUCACCUCUUCAGUUUGCUGACUCUGCCUAUAACAACCCUCCAGAGACAUUGCCAUGGAAGUCUCUUAGAGGGACAACUGGAGAAUUAACGUUUUAUGUUUUGAACCAUGGACGAGAAUCCUCUGUUUAAAGGUUUUUUUGUUGUUGACAUGAAGGCAAAGGGUUCGGUGCUGUUGGAGGCAACAUAUGGACCUAUCAGAAGCAGCAUACGUACUGUAGACGGCCCGCCCCCGACCCCACAGCCUGACCCUGUUGGACAAUCUUGGUCUCACAUCAUGACGCGAUGUGAGAAGAGGAGGGACUCUGCUAGGAGAAGAAGCAUUUAUAUUAGUUUGUGGUUUCAUAAACAAUGUCAUACUAACCUAUACGAUCUGCAGUUGACACAAGUAGACUCCCGAACAGUCCCCACUACCAGACUGGGUCAAGACGCCUCCGUGUUAAGACAACUGCAGGAUUUUCAAUGUAAUAUUUUGUAAAUGUAGGCUCCUCUCUCCUUUAGCCUGUUGGACCACUUCCUGUCCUUCUGUCCUCUUGUUCUUUCACAUGUACUUCAGUACAACUGACGAGUUGACAGAGAUGUCAGCUACCCCCCUGACUCUGCAUUUACAAGUCCAGCAGCACUGCUCUAAAGAGAAUAUAAAGCACUGCUUUAAAAAAAAAAAAAACAUAGGCGUUAGUGCAAACACCUUAUAAUCAUGAGGUUUUGGUACGGACAUACAUUACUUUCCAUGGGAAAAUACAUUUGGCAUUAUUGAUUUCAAAAAUCGGAUGCAGCAUUUAGAUCAUUCAAUUGUAAAUACUGACUGUGCAAUUGCUGCAAUUGCAUUACUCCUCUACCAAUCUGGCGUGGGUUGUGAACGCUCGCUGACAUGCUGAUUCUCUCUCUGGCAGUCGGAGAGAGGACACAGCACAACCUCACUAGCACCUCAGUUUCUCCUGAGCACCUUGUCUGUAUCGUCUAUUUUUUUGUUUCAUUUAUUUUUCUUAAUCUGAAUAUUCUGGAUGCAUCAAAUAAAGCAUCAACCAAACGUAGACACUCAGGGAGAUAGCUGGUCUCUGUUCCACCAGGCCUCACAUAGUCUACUCCACACUUUGCACCGAGUAGGAGACCCUUUAUCCUUGAUCACUGUGUCCAGUAGCUAGAUAUAUAUAUAUUAUAUAUUUUUGUGAAUGUCAAUCACAAAGUGUCAAAGACUUUUCCUCUCUCUUUUGCAUAUAUUACGGGAUCUUUGAGCCUGAAUUGUAUAAGAUAUAGGAUACUUUUACUUUAAAAACAAAUAAAAAGUAAAUGAAGAGCAAUUGUCUUUCAUUUUUUUGUUGAAGAGUGUGUGUGGAGGUGCGCGCCGACUAGUGCAUGU